AUGAAUAAUUAAUUUUUACCUGAUGAUGAUGAUCCAUAGGUUAAAGAAGAAAGGAAGAGUUUGUACAAGAUAUUUGGAAAAGAAACUUCAUUAGGAAAGGAACUCUUUGGAUUAUAUAAUGCUCAUGAAAAACCUAAAAUUAAUUAUCCUAAACCUAAAUAAAAAACAUAAGAGUAGUUAGAUGCUGAAAAGAUGAAAACCUAAAAGUCUUGUCCAUAAAAAACUGUUAUUGAUUAUCCAAAAGAAGAACCUAAACAAAAAUAAUAAUAUUAUCCUAUUGAUUUUAUUCAAAAAAGAAAACCAGAAGCUGAAAUCAGAAAGGAAAUUGAAAAAUAUUAUGAAGGCAGAAAAUUUUUCAGACCUGCUGUUUAAGGAUAAGAUAGAAAAAAAUUGAUAGAAUAAUUAUAAAGAGUAUUUAAAUAUAAAAGGGGAGCAUUACCUAAAGGUGCAGAAUUACCUGAAAUCAAUAUUAAAAAUGAUGAUGCUUUCUUAAAAGAUUCUGAAACUACCUCUAAUGCUAUCAAGAAAAUGCAUAAAAAAGACUUAUACUUUACAGGUCUAAAAUCUGAUAAUUAAUCAGAUGCAACUACUUUAUAAGGUGAUCCUUAAAUUGAAUUAGAAGUGCUAUUCUCAUCUAUUAUGAAAGAAAUUGAAGAAAGAUAGGAAUUUCUUUAAGAAAUUGAAUACUUAAAUGAACCAAAAUUGAAAUAACGAAUCAAAGAUGAAAUUAUUGAAAGGGUUGCUGAAUUAUAGAAAGUUUAGGAUUUAAGAAGACACUAUUGCAAUUGA